CACAAAAAUCUAUAAAAUUUUCAUCUAAGUAAUAAACAAAUAAUCUUAUAAACAAUAAAAAAAUAAAUCACACGAUAUUGAUUUUCUUUAAGAUACUCAAAUUAUCAGAAUACAGCCUGUAUAUAUAAACUCAAGUCAUUAGUGUUAUUCCAUCUGUGAGUCAUUAAGUGACGUCACAUAUUCUAACGUUAACUUGAUCCAUAAAAAACAAUCAUCUAUAAAAUUAAAUCGUUGAUUACACGUAAAAUCAAAUUACUCAAAUAUAAUCAUGCAGAUAAACGUGUCUGAAGUUAAUUAAAAAAUGGACAAAUAUUUGAAUAGCAAAUUUUUUUAAAAUUAAGCAACUACGAUAAUCAACAUAAUGAUUUAAUAAGUGUAAUUUAUCGCAAUAAAAAUUGCGUAUGUGUGUUUCACAAGCAUUUAGUGAUGUAUACUCAGGAAUUUGUGAAUAGAAAACAGUCUCACACAUAAAAACUAUUUUAUUUGACAAGAAUAACACAAAAAAGUCCAUUCAGUACGUCAUAAUAAUUAAAUAAAUAUAUAUACUGGUAUAUAUAUGGAUUAAUUAUAAAAAUAAAUAGAUGAUAAUUUUAAGAAUUGAAAAAUGGACUGGUGGUUCAUUGACAAAAUGGAUCUGAGACAUUGACAGAAGACUCGAGUACUGAUAAUUAUUUAAAAGGAAUAAUUAAAUAAAAUAAAGUUGUUAACUAUUAGAUUAUGUUAUCAUAAUUGUAAUCGAUUCUAGUAUGGGUUUUUUAAAAUUAUAAUAAUGAUGGUAGAACCUUCACAGCUGAUGCGUUUGACACAUUUGACAGUUGUGUAAAGUUGUGUUAAUUGAAAAACAUUUUUAAAUUCAGAUUUUAUUUUUAAACAGUGAAUAAAGUGUAAGUGUCCGUAUAAAUAAAUAAUAAUAACAAUAAUUAUUGUUAUUUAUUUACAAUAAUAAUAUAAAAAAAAAUAAGUUAAUAUGGCGCAUUUUGAGAGUAUAUUUAAUUCUAAACAAUAUGUAGGACCUGAAAGUUUAGCUGAAUUAUGUUUUAAAACAAUAUGUAACAAUUUAGAUAUUAUUUCAACUGUUGACAAACGUGGUUAUCGUACAUUAAUACGUGGACUUGUACUACCAAGUGAAAUUUGUGAUAAAAUCAUUGAAUUUGCUCAAAAGUGUGACAGCACAGCACGUAUUGAUGAUGGAUUUAUCAAUAUAUUUGCUGAUACUACUGCAACAAGAUUAAAAAAUGUUAAAAUAAACCACAGCAAUAUCUUGGAUACAUCUGUUGCUGUUCUUGCUAAUCAUCAAUUAUUGCACUUGUCAUUCAAUGAUUGUUGUGAUCUUACUAAAUCGUCUAUUGAAUUUAUAAAUAAUAAUUCAAAACAUUUACAGAGUUUAUCAUUUCGUUCUUGUCCACAAAUCUACCCAACUGAUCUUACAGGUGUUAUAGAUCCAUCACCAAUAAAUUAUUGUAAGCGCGGAUACCUAUUUAAUGCACCGAAUUUAAAGCAUCUGGCAUUGGAACACGUUCAAAUAGCUCCUGAGCAUUAUGUUAUAUUAUUAUCUGGUUUAUCUAAUUUGACUCAUUUAGAUUUAUCAAAUGCCGUCAAUAUUGGUAACUUUGAAUUUGUAUCAUCAACUCCAAAUUUAGUAUCAUUGUGUCUUUAUAAUGUCAAAGUUAAUGAAAAUCCGAGUGCUUUUGUUGCCAAUGUUAUACAAUUAAAAAAAUUAAGGCAUCUCGAUAUAUCCCACGCUAACCACAAAAAUGCAUUCUUUCACAAACCUAAUCAAGUUUUAUCAGACUUAGUUGAAGGUUUACCUAAUUUAACGUCACUGGAUAUUGGCGGUACAAAUUUAGAUGGACGUGGAGUAGCCGAACGUCCAUUGAUAUCCAACUCUACAAAAGUCUACGCAAUGUGUGAUAUUCAAGGUCUAGCUUGUCGUGUGAACAAUCCAUUACAAUUUUUAGGUCUUUAUGGUACUCAUGGGGAAGCGUGUAGAAGAUAUGACAUACCUGCUAAAAUCAUUGCUGGAAAUGCUAACGAUGAACAAAUACUCAUAGCAGCUCGUGUAUGCAUGGACAACAAACAGGAUUUGUUGCAAAAAGUUUUAAAUGAUUUGUAUCAUGUAUUCAGAUAUGAAAGUUGCGAACGUAUGGAUCAGGCACUUUAUAUCGUUCUUGAAGCUAUGGAGAAACAUCUUAAUGAACGUCAUAUACAAAUAUCGGGAAGCGCAACAUUGUUUUAUAUCGUAAAAACAAAAGAAAAGAGUGUACUUGUCUCAAAAAUGAAGAGAAGAAUAAUAGGUGCGCUUCUUGCUGGUAUGAAUGCUCACAAAGAUGAAGAGACAAUGAUGCGCAACGGCUGUUUGGCCCUUUGCCAGUUUCGCAUACCACAAGAUGUUAUGUGGAAUUACGAAACGCUUGUUAAAGUUUUAUUACAUUCUACAAGACACGCGGAGUCUGAAGGUUUUGUACAACGAAUUGGAAUUUAUUUAUUGAACUCACUGGCAUGCCAGGUGGAAGGAAAGAAAAAACGUUUAUUAGGAAACUUAGGAUGCGUUGAGACAAUGCUUGAAUUGGUUCGGUACAGAGUUGAGUGUGAAUUACAUGAUGACGUUCUCGAGGUCGCUUGGUCUACUAUGUGGAAUAUGACUGACGAGACGCCGAUUAAUUGCCAGAGAUUUUUGGAUGAGCAGGGAAUGAGACUCUUUUUGAAAUGUGUUGAGAAGUAUCCAUCUAAAGAAGAAUUACUACGAAACAUGAUGGGUUUAUUAGGCAAUGUUGCUGAAGUUGAUUACCUUCGCCCCCAUUUAAUGCAACAGCAAUACGUAUCAGUCUUUUCUAAUUUAUUAGAGUACGAUCGUGAUGGGAUCGAGGUUUCAUAUAAUGCAACCGGAAUCCUAGCUCACAUGGCGUCUGAUGGUGUAGAAGCAUGGACCAUAGAUCAACCCACAAGAAAUGAAGUUCUUGAACGUAUGGUCGAAGCUAUUGAACGUUGGAAUUUAUCGUCUCAGCGCAAUAUUAAUUAUAGAUCAUUUUUACCGUUGCUACGUUUAUUAGAUGUUUAUCACACACCACAGUGCCAACAUUGGGCAGUAUGGGCUCUUGCUAAUUUAACUCAAGUUUAUCCUACCAAGUAUUGUUCUUUGGUGGAAUCAGAAGGAGGAAUAGAUAAACUUAAAAAAUUAUUAGACGACGACAGACCUUACAAUCGUAUCAAGGAUCUUGCUUUGUCAGUAAUUAUCAAUUGCGGGCCCAAUAAAAUCCAUGGUGACCAACAAGAAACCCUUCAAUCAUCAUCCGAGUACAGUCUCGAUGAUUAAUGAUGUGAUUUUAAAAAUAAAUAUAAAAAAAAAAAAAAAAGACUUGAGA